CAUAAAGGGCUCAUGUGAAGUCCACUCUGAUUGGUUGACCCACAUUCUAGACGUCACCCGCGGCCUCUGAUUGGUCGACGGGGAUUUGUUUUGCACUCUUCAGACUUCCUCUGUGUGUUUUCAUAAACAAACCACAUUUUUCUCCCGCCGGGGCCGCCGCACUGUCAUCCUGUCAGCCUGCCAGGAUUGUUAGAGUCCGGCUCCUGUUUUAUAACGAAGGCCGUGGAGGAACUUUCAAAUACUGGUUCGGAUUCAAAGCAGAGACGCGGGUAAAAACGCGACAACAACCAGAGGCUGUCUGUGUUGUCUUUAUUGUCCGAGGAGCCGUCAGCGCGUGGUCGACUGCUGCACUAACACCUGCUUCAAUUUGACGUUUUUUUCACCUGUCAGUCACAUUGGUCCGCGGGGCAGACUGCGAGGAGCUCCUGUAUUAUCAGACAUGGUGAAGCUGACAAAGGCCAAGACGUUCCAGGCGUACCUGGACUCCUGCCACCGUCGCUACAGCUGUGUGCACUGCCGCGCCCACCUGGCCAACCAUGACGAUCUCAUCUCCAAGUCUUUUCAAGGCAGUCAGGGCCGAGCCUACCUCUUCAACUCUGUGGUGAACGUGGGUUGUGGUCCUGCGGAGGAGAGGCUGCUGCUCACAGGACUUCACGCAGUCGCCGACAUUUACUGUGAAAACUGUCACACCACGCUGGGCUGGAAAUAUGAACAAGCCUUUGAGCUGAGUCAGAAGUACAAGGAGGGGAAGUUCAUCAUCGAGCUGUCCCACAUGAUAAAGGACAACGGCUGGGACUGAGAGGGAAAUCUUCAUCUUUCUUCAUGACUCUUUCAAAAGUUGCAUCCCCCUCGACAUUAAAGGGUUCCAGUGUAGCUUCCUCAUCCCACGUACGAGCCAUCGCUGUGCCACACUUUCACUUCGUUACGGCUUCGCCAAGAAUAGCAUGUGACGCCUUUUAUCUUUUUCCGUUCUUCAUGUUUUUCCAGCGACCACAACAACACAUUUGCCGAUAUAUCGCUAUCCCAAUUGCUAGUUGUGCUGGGACAUGGACUGAAUGAGUGCAGGGUUUGUGUGUGUGUGUGUGUGUGUGUGAGAAAGGCUGGGAGAUGUAGCCACACAGGCACUUUGAGCAUGUUGGAUUUUAAAGCGUGUGUUUGAGUGAUGACCGCCAAACAGUCUCGCUCUGUGGGGGCGAGGCCGGCCGGUGCAAGGCCAAAAAAAAUCUGACAUUCUUACAAAUCAGAUGCAGGUAUUUGGUUUUCCUUUUGAGUUUCAGGUGCACAGUUAGACAUAUCUGGCCCAAACUGAGAAAAGUAUAUAGGCCUGUUUGACCCGUUGAUCUUUUUCGAGUGAUGGGAUUGCUUAAAGUAGUGGGAGGGCUUGUUUUUUUAUCAGUGAAAGUUAUGUUUUUUAUGGUAAGAUCAAUAACACUUGUUCAUAUUUUGCUAAAGGCAAUCAGGAUGUUGAAUUAGUGAUGUAAAAGCCCGAUAAAGUCUCCUGCAAGAAUUAUUCUUAAAUCUGGAGUAUGAGUGUCUUCUGCUUGUAGGUAUACAUUUUAGUGUGUGUGUGCAUGUGUGCGUGCGUGUGUGUGUGUGUGUGUGUGCGUGUGCGUGUGUGUGUGUGUGUAGAUGUCUUAAGCUGGGGUUCACAUGUACAGUUUCCACUGCACAGUUGGGAAAUCUUCACUUUUACUUAUUGCUGAUGAGAUCUGCCCUCCAUGUGUCUGUGUAUAUCCUAACACGGAGCUGCCCCACCUACAGAUACAUUUACUCAAUCGUGUUAGAGCAAAGUGUGAUUAGGAUUAUGUAGCAUAUUUAUGGUGAUUUUUAAUGUCUGCUUCUUUCAUUAAAGUGUAUUAUUUUAACCUAAUCUUUCAUUAAAAUACAGUGUGUCUGUAA